GAAUCUGUAGAUAAAAGGGAAUAUUUGACCCCAUUGGCCAAGGCCUCUGUGAGAUUCUUUUUUACAUUCUCCUGCAACUGCAGAAGUGUGGAGGAGGCAUCAUGGUGUGGAUCACAUAACUGUACAUUGCUUAGAUGAGGUUCCUAUGGAAACGCACUGCAGAAGGCGGCAGACAGAACAUUCCUCAUAGGUUCACGCACCUCCUCAUGACCAGAAACACGUUACAGCGUUGGUGGGAAGCAACCCUCACCAGACAGAAAUAGGUCACUUGGAUUCCAGUUUUGAGGUGACUCUGUUGGAGAUGAGGACUUCAGAAGAGCAAGCAGCCACCACAGUGUUGCAAAGACUGCUGCAGGAGCAGCUACGUUACGGGAAUCCUAAUGACAACCGUAACUUGCUGGCCUUGCAUCAACAAGCUACAGGGAACGUGCCCCCCUAUGGUGGCGGGCAGGUGUCUCAAGAGGGACUGAAUCCUCAAGAUCCCCAGUUAGUUCCUCAUGCUGCCCGCCAGGAGCCACAAGGGCAGGAGAUCCAGGUGGAGAAUAUGAUGGAGAAGCAGAUACCACUGAGAGCUCAGAACAGUGAAGAGCUCCCGACUUAUGAAGAGGCCAAGGUCCAGUCUCAAUACUUCCGUGGACAACCUCAUGCUAGUGUUGGAGCUGCUUUCUAUGUAACUGGUGUGAGCAAUCAGAAAAUGAGGACUGAGGGUCGUCCCACGGUUCAGAGGGUUAAUACAGGGAAAGUUCAUCAGGAUGAUGGUCUAAAGGACCUUAAGCAGGGCCAUGUAAGGUCCCUUAGUGAACGCCUCAUGCAACUUUCACUGGCUACUAGUGGUGUAAAGGCCCAUGCCCCUGUUACAAGUGCCCCUCUUUCCCCACAGCCUGGAGAUUUCUAUAAAACCUCUGGAUCAAAUGAAGUAUACAGGAAUCUAUCGCAGAGUGGUGGACAAAAGAUGGAAAACAGGGGGCCGCCUCCCGAUUACCCAUUUAAAAACAUUUCCACUCUUCCUACUCAAGGAAAAGCAAAGGAGGUGGGACAUCAUUAUGGGGAUCCUAGGGGCACUCAGCAGAAUCGCUCAGAUGGACCAAUGCUCCGGUACCAGCCUCCUCCAGAAUAUGGUUCAUCCAGGCAAAAUCAGGAUGUGCAGCAACAUCUUCAGCAGAGAUCCCCACAUUACCACAGCCCCACCUCUUCUCUUACAUCCUUGGGAUCUAUGAGCCUCAUACAGUCCCCUCCACCAUCAGGCAUGUCCCCAUCUCAACAACAGCUUCCCUCACCAAGCCAUGGAGAAUUCUUCUCUGGGACACCACGGCCUCAUCAAAUGUCCAGUCAGUUCCACCAUGGAGAUUUUUACCGCAUGCCUCAGACAUACUAUGGUCAGCAGCAGCAACAGCAGCCACCACAAAUGGAUCUUGCAAGACCUCCUCCAUUACCCUCCCCAUAUUCCCAGAUGCAGGGUGACCCAUUUGCCAUUGUUUCCCGGGCACAGCAGAUGGUUGCUGUUCUUUCUGAAGAAAACAGGUCUCUGCGCCAAGAACUAGAAGGAUGCUACGACAAAGUGGCCAGAUUUCAAAAAAUGGAGAUGGAAAUCCAGAGAGUCUCUGAAGCAUAUGAAAAUCUUGUAAAAUCUUCAUCCAAGAGAGAGACUUUGGAGAAAGCUAUGAGAACAAAACUAGAGGGCGAGAUCCGAAGGAUUCAUGACUUUAACAGGGAUCUCAGAGAACGAAUGGAGACUGCAAACAAACAACUUGCAGCAAAGGAGAUUGAAGGAUCGGAGGACAACAGGAAGACCAUAUCCCAACUCUUAGCACAGAACAAAGACCUGCAAAGAGAGAAGGAGAAGCUGGAAAUGGAGUUAUCCUCCUCGCGCUCCAUGAGUGAGGACCAGAGAAGGCAUAUUGAAAUCAGAGACCAAGCCCUAAACAAUGCACAGGCCAAGGUGGUGAAGCUGGAAGAAGAACUGAAGAAAAAGCAGGUUUAUGUUGACAAAGUGGAAAAGAUGCAGCAGGCCUUGGCUCAGCUCCAGGCUGCUUGUGAGAAGCGAGAACAACUGGAACAUAGACUACGCACCAGGUUGGAGCGAGAACUGGAAUCUCUACGAAUGCAGCAGCGCCAAGGAAACUCUCAGUUUACCAGUGUUUCUGAGUAUAAUGCUGCGGCACUAAUGGAGCUACUCCGGGAGAAAGAAGAGAGAGUGUUAGCCCUUGAGGCAGACAUGACCAAGUGGGAGCAGAAGUACUUGGAGGAGAGUGUUAUGAGACAGUUUGCAAUGGAUGCUGCUGCUACUGUGGCUGCUCAGAGGGACACCAGCUCAAUAAGCCAUUCUCCUAGUGCAAGUUUUGAUACCACCCUGGAGGCCCGUAUCCAGAAGGAAGAGGAAGAGAUACUUUUGGCCAAUAGAAGAUGUGUAGACAUGGAGGGAAGGAUAAAAACUCUUCAUGCUCAGAUAAUUGAGAAGGAUGCCAUGAUCAAGGUGCUUCAACAACGUUCUCGUAAAGACCCAAACAAGACUGAACAACCUUCUUCCAUGCGCCCAUCAAAGUCCCUUAUGUCAAUCUCUAAUGCUGGCUCUGGGUUGCUCUCUCAUUCUUCUACACUUAGUAGUACACCAAUCCUGGAGGAAAAACGAGAGGAUAAGAGCUGGAAAGGCAGUUUGGGUGUACUGCUUGGGACAGAAUAUCGUCCUGAGUCCAUCUCAUCCACCCCCUCCCCUGUACUUCCUUCCACUCCCCAGCUUUCUGGACACUCAAAGUCUGGUAGCAGAGAUUGCUGUACGCAAACAGACAGAAAUAAUGAGCAAAGCAGAGCCCCUUCAGUUAGUGCAUCUCCAGGGCCGGGGAGGCUGGCCACUCCGAGCCCUAUGUAUAGCUCUGAGAAAACAGAUUCAGCUUUUCAGUCCAGUACCUUGGAUCGAAAAAAUCCUACCCCGUCCCUGGGCCAAGAUCUUACAGAUGGAGAAUUGGUGGAAUAUCUUAUUUAAGCAAGAUAGUUUUUUUUAUUUUUUUUAAACUAUAAUGGUAUUUAUAGGAAGAUCUACUCCAAAACAUAUUUAUACAUAUUUGAAGAUUUUUUUUCUCUCCUUUUUUUCCCCCCAGUCUUGCAGACUUUUUAUAUUUGUAAAUUACAAGAAUUCCUUUUUUGUACAGAACUGAAGGGACCUUAGUGUUGAAAGUAAUCUAUGAUUCUUGGCAGAAAGCCUAUGACCGAUUUUUCUUUGUAGCCUAAAGCACAUGGCCUAUCUGCUGGCAGAGGACUUGGCACCCAGUUUGUUGGAUGACGUUGGGGGGAUACAUAGGCAAUCUGUUGUCUUUUCAAUGUGGAAAUAAUUGAAUAAACUUGGUUCUCCCGGCAGCAGCAUACUGUCUUGGUGCCAUCCUGCUUUUUAAGAGAAUGGAGACGUGUACUAGCUUUUAUAUUGUGUAGUAGAUGGUAAAACAUAAAACCUAUGCUGUGUGGCCUUUUUUGGUAGAGGUCUGGUGUGUUAAACAAUAAAAAGGGGGUUUAUCCUAGAGUGCAUGAAGGAGAGUACCCCAGGUGAGCAUGACUGUCCCUUAUCCUGCAUUGUGUACUGCAUCUAACAUUCCAAUGCCCUAAAUACAAUGUGUAUUUAAUGCAUAACCCCCUUAACUGCGGUGUAUUUAUAAUCUAGAAUGCAUGAAAGUUUAUGCAUUACUAAAGCACAAAAAUUCAAAUAAAUGUGUUAAUAAGCAUUUACAGAACAGAAUUGUUGUUUUGCACACUGGCCAUUCCAGAAGGUGAUAGCAUGAAGUAUUUCUCUCUUUUGUGCUAAACUGUGAAAUUUCUCUAUUCGUAGUUUUAUUUAAUUUACUGCAACAAAUGGCAAAAUAAAAUGCAAGUAGUAAUUUGACAAGUAUUACUGAUAAAUUCCUAUCUUCUAAUCUAGACCUUCUAGAAUUACCAUCUGACAUGUCAGUAAGUAAAAAAAAUUCCAUGGAGGAUCUGUUAUGUGGAUCCCAACAUUUCUUUGACCUGCUUAACAUUAUGUGUAGCUAAAAGUUAUUAUUACCUAGGACUGGGCGGUAUACCGGUUCAUACCGAAUAACAAAAAAAUUUCCCUGCACGAUAUGAAUUUUUCCCAUACCGCAAUACCUGUCCCCCUCAAAUGAAUUAUCAGCCGCAGCGGUUGUCCCCACAUCGGGGAAAUAAUCAUCAUCAUAAUCCUGUGAGCCGCCUGCGCUUCAAAUUAAUGAGAUGCAGGCCGCGGAGAUAUAAAUGGUGAGGGGAGCAGCGGUCCGACUUUUGCAUGGGUUCGGAAAUCGCACAUCACACCGGCCGCAUGCACUAUAAAUGAAUAUAAAUGUUAUACAAGUUGCGGCCGCGGCGCUUUAAAUGAAUAAGAUGCGGCAAGCUGCCACCUCCCCCUCCAAGCGCUAAAAGCCUGGCUUUUAGCGCUUGCAUGGGGAGAUGACAGCUUUCCGCUCGCAACUUAAAGGAAAACUGUCAGAUAUUUUCUCCCGCACUAUCCUGAUUAAAACGAGCCCUACCUUACCCGGAUCCGCCCGGCCGUUCGCCCGCAAUUGUACUUUUAUUCUAUGCGUAUAUCUUGCUGUAACUGGCACGGGCGGUUACAGCAAGUUAACGGUCACUGACAUCAGCGCCGCAUAUGAAUAUUCAUUCCCCCCUCCCUCCAGCUCU